CAUCAAAUCCUUCCUCCUUUAUCUGUCACACGCUAUUUGCUCCAAAAAAUAUAUAUAUUAUCACACCUACCCCCCUCAAAAAAAAAAAUUGUAUCACACGCUAACCCUUCCAACCUCACGUAACCCAUUUCUGGAGUCCAUUCCGUCUCCGUGGUCUCGGGCGGCGCUGUUGAUGAACCCCCGCCAUGCCCUUGAGCUCCUGCGCCAGUGCCGCUCCAUCCGACACCUCGACCAGCUCCACGCCCACCUCCUCGCCCACGGCCCAUCCACCGUCGCCUCCCUCGCCUCCCAGCUCGUCGCCUCCUACUGCGCGCUCUCCGGUGGCGCCGGACACGUGGGACUCUGCCACGCCCGCCGCCUGUUCGACAGAGUUCCCGAGCCGGACAGGUUCGCGUACAACAGCCUUAUCAGGGCGUACUCCAACAGCGGUUUUCCCCAGGAGGCGCUGUGCCUGCACCGCGACGCCCUCCGGCGCGGCAUCCUGCCGAACGAGUUCACACUGCCCUUCGUGCUCAAGGCGUGCGCCAGGGCGCGAGCCGCAGAGCACGCGCUGGCCACCCAUGGAGUGGCUGUCAAGCUCGGUUAUGUGCGGCAAGUGUUCGUGGGCAACGCGCUCCUGCACUCGUAUGCGUCGGCCGGGUCGCUGCGGGACUCUCGGCGGUUCUUUGCUGAGAUGGCGCCGGACAGGAAUGUCGUGUCGUGGAACACGAUGAUUGGUGGAUAUGCACAGGCCGGGGAGACCAGCGAGGCGUGUGCCUUGUUUGGAGAGAUGAGGCGCCAAGGAGUGUUGGCCGAUGUGUUCACGUUCGUCAGCCUGCUUCUCGUUUGCUCAAGCGAGGGAAAUCUUGAGGUUGGUCGGCUGGUGCAUUGUCAUAUGUUGGCUAGUGGAUCCCGGGUAGAUCUGAUUCUUGGCAAUGCACUGGUAGACAUGUACGGUAAGUGCGGGGAUCUGUGGAUGGCUCGUAGAUGUUUUGACGUGAUGCCGAUAAAGAAUGUCGUUUCGUGGACUUCCAUGCUUUGUGCCCUGGCGAAACAUGGCUCGGUUGAUGCUGCGAGAGAUUGGUUUGAGCAGAUGCCGGAGAGGAACAUAGUCUCUUGGAAUGCCAUGAUCUCUUGCUAUGUUCAAGCUGGCCGAUUCUGUGAAACUUUGGGUCUUUAUAACCGUAUGAAAUCUCUAGGUCUCACUCCAGAUGAGGUUACCUUGGCUGGUGUCCUCUCUGCCCAUGGACAAAAUGGCGAUUUGGCCUCUGGAAGGAUGAUGCACUGUUAUAUCAAAGACAAUUUUAGUGAUCCUGGUGUCACUCUACUUAAUUCACUUAUUGAUAUGUAUGCAAGAUGUGGCCAGGUAGACACAUCCAUAAGUUUGUUCACUGAGAUGCCCAAUAAAAACACUAUCUCUUGGAAUGUGAUUAUUGGAGCGCUAGCCAUGCAUGGGCGUGCACAAGAGGCAGUCAUGUUCUUCAGGGCUAUGGUAUCUGAUGCCUUCUCCCCUGAUGAGAUCACAUUUGUCGGUCUUCUUUCUGCAUGCAGUCAUGGUGGUCUACUAGAAGAUGGACAGUAUUACUUCAAAGCCAUGAGACAUGUUUACGAUGUUAAGCCUGAAGUUGAGCACUAUGCUUGCAUGGUUGAUCUGCUUGGUCGCCGUGGCCAUCUUGCAAAAGCUGUUGAUCUAAUAAAAGAUAUGCCAAUGAAGCCUGACGUUGUGGUUUGGGGUGCAUUAAUUGGAGCCUGCAGGAUCCAUGGCAAUGCAGAGAUCGGCAAGCUAGCGAUCAAACAACUGCUUGAGUUGGAGGGAAUCAAUGGAGGCUUGUUUGUCCUAAUUUCUAAUUUGUUGUAUGAAACUCACCAGUGGGAGGACAUGAAAAGGCUAAGGAAGCUAAUGAGAGAGCGGGGAACAAAAAAAGAUAUGGGUGUUAGUUCAAUUGAAGUAAAUAACAACAUACAUGAAUUUGGAGUGGAAGACGAAUGCUCAAGUGAGAUAUACGCGGCAGUUGAUCAGUUGGCGUAUCAUUUAGUCUCUCUGCAUGUCCUGGCUGUGCAGCCUGUAGAACUCAUCAUGGAAGAGUGAAUAAGCUAUUCUGUGCCUGAUGCAGAGCAUGAGCUGCAAAGGGAUAUAUUCAUACCAAGUAGCCUGUCUGAGGAAACCUGAAGGCUUUCUGCAGAUACCACGGUUCAGUGGGGCAACCAACUCAACCGACUGUACAGACAGUUAGGUCAGUGGCAUUACAUCGACAACACUCAGGAUUCUCUGCCUUGGCUGUGAUGUCUCAUCAAUAUCUGGAGAAACUAAAGCUCAUAAACAGUAAGUUCAUCAAACCGGAAGGACCGCCGGAGAGCAUCCUGACUGCUAAUCACCUGUAAGGAACCAAAUUGUUCUUAGCUUUACUGGGGAUUGAACUGUCUACCAUUUACGAACAACAUUUUUCUUGUAUUUUUACCUGACCAACAGUUUGACUGUGCCAUGAUCAUGACAGAAAGUUAGCUGUCACAUAUGAAUUCACCAAAAAAAGAGGUGUUUGUAUUUUUGGCAGGAAUUAAAUGUUCAAUUGAUCAGCUGGAAAUUGGGAUCAGUGAUCUUUUUUGAUGGGAUAGAUAUACUAGGCAGGCCAGGCCCCCUGCACCUGAUAUAUUCAGUUAGGGUCUAUGGUUGUUUUUUUUACCCAAUUGGAAAAUUUUCAUAUUAGCUUGUAAUUCAUAAUAUUCUUUUUAAAAUAGCUAACAAAGUGCAAAAACUUUACCCAACCAGAACUGGUGCGCAUGUUCAAGUUUCCAACUAUCCAGGAUCCAGCUACUUCUCAAGGGUCCUUGCUGGUAAUAAGGACCUGCUAUCGGAAGUACUAAGUGAAGAAAGUGCACCACCAGCAUGUUACUAUUGACUGAAUUACUUCCUGGGGAUGGACUUGUCUAAGAAAGAUGGUGUGCUCAAUGAUGUCUUGAUUGUCCCCACUUCUGGGCACGGUACUGAGCUUGUUUUUGGAACCAGAGCUUGAGUUCCUGUUACAAACCACGAAGAAGCCUCUUAAAGCAACUGUGGAAUAUUCAAGGCACUUCAGCUAUUCUCUGGAGAGGAGGAUGAAGCCACUGUUUUGGGUAAUUGAGUGUAGAAGCAUAUGCCGCUGUCUGACAGACAUAUUUCCAUAAAACAAUGAGCUUUUUGCUGAAGCGUACUUGGUUGACUUACAAUCGAGCAAAGGUGGCUAAUUGACUUUCAUAAAGAGCUAACCAUGUUGUCAUGCCUGAUUAUACAUAUUUAUGCUUCCAUCUGGGGAGGCUGUUUUUUGAGAUGCAAAGCCACUUCAACGGUGUUGAUCAUUCAGAUGGCAAGCACUGUAUACCGCAUGAAACCAGAAGAUAAAGGUUUUUCAUGGUCUUAA